AGCUAACAUUCACCUUUUUAUAGGGAUUCCACUGGAAACAAAGCCAACUGCUUGUUUGGGCUGAUUGUGCUGUUGUUGUUUUUUUUUUCUGCUGCCUAUUUUGCAACAUUUUUGGAGGUCCAAAGGGUUGAGGGUUGACUUUUUUUCCCUAACCUAGUGACAGAGGGAUCUAAAGUGAUUUCUUCAUACCAGCUCCUUUAGACAAGAGAGUGGAAAGUGUUCCCAUGGAAUUUUUUUCCACCCAGCUUUCUGAAACAUACCAGGAACUGCAGGGAGUCCGAGCCCGGCCAGUGAGUAAAUUCACUGAAUUUCCAAAAACAUUUGUGCAGAUCAAUAAGAAGUAUUGAUUAAAAUGCUGUCUUUAAAAAAAACCAAAAAAAAAACCAUGCCUUAUUGGGCUGACGUUGAGAAAUAAAUGGCAAGCAACAUGAUCAUAAACUUCACCUUGUCUUUCAUCAAAGCAAUAUAAAAUCACUUGUUUGAAACAUCAAACAAGAUAAUGAAUCCUCUGUAAAGCAAAGAUCAUGCCGAUUCAUUUCCUUCUAUACAUAUAAAACUCGUUGAAUGAUAAUUUUCACAAACUCCCAAUAGCCAUUUUUUUGCAUGCAAACCUGCUAUCAGGGCAUAAUGAGCAGCAAUAAAUAAAUGCAAGCUCCUGCCUAGGAUAAUUCACUAGAAUCUCUCUCCCUGACUUAAACAAUACCCUGCUGCUGCCUGGGGAGAGAGUGUGUGUGUAUAGCUUUAAGAAAGAGGCGGAUGACUGAGAAAUGACGCAGGAAUGUUAAUGAGUAACUUGAAAAAAAAAAAAAGUCUUCCUCAGUGCACCAUGUGUGGUAACAGGCUUGGCUGCCACACUAUUUAAACAGAGGGUAUACUAAGGAACAAGGAGAAUGAAUAGGAUCAAACAGGGGAUGCUCUAUCAGUGAGAACACAGGCAGUCACCUUAGAGAACCCCAUGCAAAAAAAAAAAAGCAAUUACUGACUUGAAAAAUCUAUUUUCAGGCUGAAAUCUUAAAAAAAGAAAAUAGAAAGAAAAUUAAGAAAAUAAUAAUAGUUCAGAGUGAACUGGAAAGAGUUUUGAUUCUCUCUCUUAUUAAUGCUUAUAUAGAGCCAGCCAUCCCUAGGGGACUAGGUGCACAUUUUAUUUUUUUGGUGGUGGUGGUUUUGCACUUUUUUUUUUUUUCCUUUGGAAGGAUGUCCUCUAUGCUCUUGUUUAGCCUGAUGGUGACUUUGGUUAUUUUAGCCAAAAGCAACCCCAUGGAUGAAGACACAGUGAACAUGCUAGUGCUUUUACCUAAGGAUAACUCCUAUAUGUUUUCCAUGGAUAGGGUGAAACCUGCUAUUGACCAUGCCUUGAGUUCCAUUCAGGAGAACCAGACCCUCUUGCCCGGCGUGCACUUUAACGUCAUUUACAAUGACUCUGACUGUGGCAACCAGGCACUCUUCAGCCUGAUAGACAUAGCCAUGCAGCUGCAGAAACCUGACGUGAUUCUGGGUCCUGUGUGUGAGUAUGCGGCAGCCUCCGUGGCUAGACUUGCCUCCCACUGGAACGUCCCCAUGCUCUCCUCUGGGGCACUGGCAGUUGGCUUCAUGCAGAAGUCCAGCGAGUACUCGCACCUCACCAGAGUGUCGCCCGUCUACUCCAAGAUGGGCGAGAUGUUCCUGGCCAUGUUCCGCUAUCACAAGUGGACCAAGGCUUUUCUCCUCUACACUGACGACACUCUGCAGAGGAACUGCUUUUUCACCUUGGAAGGGGUCCACCUUGCCUUUAAGGAGGAAGGUUAUGCCAUGUCGAUCCACAACUUUGACGAGACAAAACAUGUGGACGCGGAGGAAAUCGUGCACGCCAUUCAGAAUAAGGAGAGAGUGGUGAUAAUGUGUGCUAGCAGUGACACCGUUAGGAACAUCAUGUUGGCCGCCCAUCGGCAAGGAAUGACGAAUGGAGAUUACAUCUUCUUCAACAUUGAACUCUUUAACAGCUCCACCUAUGGAAAUGGCUCCUGGAAGAGAGGAGACAAGUACGAUCUUGAAGCCAAGCAAGCAUACUCAUCCCUCCAAACAGUCACACUACUCAGGACAGUGAAACCUGAGUUUGAGAAGUUUUCCAUGGAGGUGAAAAGUUCUGUUCAGAAGCUGGGACUCAAUGAUGAUGAUUACGUGAACAUGUUUGUGGAAGGAUUUCAUGACGCGAUUAUUCUUUAUGCUCUAGCGCUGCAUGAGCUUCUCAAGAAUGGUUUCAGCCAAAAGGAUGGGGAAAAACUUGUACAACAGAUGUGGAACAGGACAUAUGAAGGCAUUGCCGGGCAGGUGUCGAUCGAUGCCAACGGAGACAGAUACGGGGAUUUCUCUGUGAUUGCCAUGACGGACAAAGAAACAGGUACCCAAGAGGUUAUUGGCGAUUAUUAUGGAAUUCAAGGACAUUUUGAAAUUCGGCCAAAUGUAAAGCUUCCUUGGGGGCCUGGAAGGCUGCUAAUCAACGACAGAUUUGUAGAACAUACAAAUACAACUCCUUGUAAGUCAUCAGGUGGCCUUGGGGAAUCUGCAGUCACAGGAAUUGUUGUCGGAGCCUUUUUAGGAACUGGACUGUUAAUGGCUUUCUACUUUUUCAGAAAGAAAUACAGAAUUACCAUCGAAAGACGGAAUCAGCAAGAUGACUGUAACCUAGGAAAACACAGACAGCUGCGGGAAGAUUCCAUAAGAUCUCAUUUUUCUGCAGCAUAAAGAACAGAAAAAAGAAAUCUUUAGGAAGAUGCAACCAAAGACAUCCUUAUGUGUGAUGGGGUUCUUGCAGAAACUAUUUUUUAAGGCAGUAGAAUCUUAUUUUCAUUCUCAUAUUGUUUUCAGAAACUCAGGAAUGAUUGAUUAAUUGCAUUAUGCCAUGUGGCCUUUCAUCUGGUGAAAAACUGGGGCACUGUUCAACAAGGUUUAUGCGUAGAAAUCGGCGGGUGGGCUCGUUAAACGUAUACGGUGGACGGCAAUAGGCACUUUUAAAAAUAACGUUCCUUGUUGACAUGUUUGUCCAGAGCUUCAUGGGAAACGAAACAACAAAUCCAAAAUUGGCACACAUAGUUAACACUGAAAUUAUUUUUGUGAAGGAAGGUUGUUAAAAUGUUUUUGUAACAUAAAUGCAAUUUUGAUUUUCUUGAAACAUAAAUUACCUUUUUUCAUGUAUUACAAACUGCAUAGCCAUUGUUGGUACCAAAAGCAGGACAGGCUCAUGUUUAUUCAAUUCACAUACAGUAGACAGUGUGAGAAAGAGUUUUAAGUGGGAAUACUAUCGCCGCAUAGUUGCAGGACUAUUAAACUUAAAAUUUCUGCACGGAAUAUAUCAUUCAUGUAUCUUAUUUCUGCUAGAAAUUCUCCAGGUCGAUGGGUUAAAAAUACCUGUUUUUGCCAAAGUACACUGAAGAGUUCAUGUUGACUCUGGCGAGCUGAAAGCAAACACAAUGAAGCAUUGAUGCAAAUGAAUCUGUCCAUCUUGUUGAAUUUUUCUGGUUUGCUCAAUCUUGAUACAGCUUUGUAUGUUUAGAGGUCAAAGUUGAGUGAACCCAGGCAUUGACUGUAAUCCUGUGGAAAUGUAAAUGCUUUAGCUUAGAAUGAUUUUAGAACAGUUCUGCUGCACAAUCUAUCACGAGAUUUAUAGUGUCUAGAUGUUAUUUAAUAUUGAAAUUGCAUUAUAUAGUAAUUCCUUCUUGCCGUUUACUCCUGUAGAAUUUGAUCUUUCAAUGAUAAAUGCUUUCUGGGUUCAGUUUCGUAAUAUGAGAAAAUCAAUCUAACAAAUAGGUCACUAAAGUAAAUAGGUCAGUUUUUAAAUUCUAAAUUUUAAAUAAACAGAGCCCUGUGGCCUACGGGUGCAAAGUUUCAGAGAAACGUCUACGUGUGUAAAAUGCUUACAUUUCUCAAACGUAUAUAGCUACUGGUACUGUUCAAAUGACACAAAUUGGAAUUGACUGAUCAUUUGUAGAUUUUUUUUAAAAGAAUUCCUUGAAUUUGAAGUUCACCGCAAUUUACCAGUAUUAGCGUAAAUCCUAGCUUCAAUUUUAGAAAGUUAUCAAUUAAAUAUCAGUAUUAUAUUCAUUUUUUUUUUUUAUAUGCACAAAAUAUUUGGCGGACAAAUGAAAAAAAAAUAGUUUUAUAAAAAAUGUAAUUGUAAAUAUAGAAUUAUCAUAAAAUGUUGUACAGUUAACUUUUUUUUUUUUA